AUGGGUGCAGUCUCACGGAACCACGGACUUGAACGCGACUGGUCAGGAAAGGGAGAGGAGGGAAGUGAAGCCAGUCCGUUGCAGACUGCCGGGCUGGUAUGGAAGGAAGUCUUUCCCUGGGAUAUUUUGUUGAGUCAACCUUCCUCCAGAAACUCAAUUGCAAUUGCUGCAUUGCUGCAAUUCGCUGCGCCCGUGUCCGUGCCAGACAUCUAA